GAUGGGUUCGGUUAGAGUUUACGGAGCAUUCCUGCUCUUGUUUAUUGCAAAUGUAGUGGAAAUUCAAAGUCAAGGUCCACGGUUUGAGUCACCUCCACGUGGAUGGUUCGCCGGUGUGGAUUGUCGUCGCAACUGCAAUGGAGAACUACGAAAUUGCUUCUUCCACUUCCGAGUAGAGACAAUGUACACCAUGAGUAAAGCAUGUUUCAAUUGCCCAUCAGUAUUCACCGAUUGUUUCCGGCCUGAUUGUAUGGUUGGUGGUGGAAUUCGUCGAGUAGUCACCUCUGUCAAUCGUCAGAUUCCGGGACCUGCUAUUGAAGCAUGUGAAGGUGAUCGUAUUAGGGUUCUAGUGGAAAAUAAAAUGGAGACUGGAGAGGCUACGACUAUUCAUUGGCAUGGACAACAUAUGAAAGAUUUUCAAUAUAUGGAUGGUGUGCCAUUUGUUACUCAAUGUCCGAUUUUAGCUAAGAAUAAUAUGACUUAUGAGUUUAUUGCUGCUACACCUGGUACCCACUGGUGGCAUUCUCAUCAGGCUGAUCAACGUGGUGAUGGUCAUUUUGGUCCAAUGAUUAUCCGCCAGGCACCUGCCAAUAAUCCUUACUUUAAUGCUUACCACACGGAUGGGCACACCAUGAUUAUCACGGAUUGGAAUAAUCGCAGGAGAAUGGAUGUUUUCCAAGCCUACGCUAAAAAUGGAGAGUUCCUGGAACCUACUGGUAUCCUUAUUAAUGGUUACGGUGACCAGAUGAAUGAUAAUAUCAGGGGGACACCAAUGGCUAAUUUUAUUGUCCGCAGGGGAAAUGUUCAUCGUUUCCGAUUGAUCAACGCUAACUUCUUCGAUUGUCCCUUUGAGGUAACAGUAGACAACCAUAAAUUAACUGUUAUCUCCAGCGAUGGUCAAGAUGUCCAACCUGUGGAAGUGGAUUCCAUUGUCAGCAACUCUGGAGAAAGAUUUGACUUCUUAAUCAACGCUAAUCAAGCGGUUAACACUUAUUGGAUCCGUGUGAAGGGAACCCUACUCUGUGAAAGGUUACAGACUUACCAGUUGGCUACUUUGACGUAUGAUGGAUCUAGCAGACCUCUUGGUGCUGGUACUGUACCUAACUACAAUACUGCUAAUAACCGCAAUUCAUUGGUUUUGAAUCCCACUGGUCCCGGAAAUGCCCGAUUUAUUACCAUAGAUAGAUUAAGAUCUCUCAGAACAAUCAAUGGGCUUAAUACUAACAACGUAAGAAGAUUCUUCAUCUCUUUAGACAUGAGUGGAAUUGAUCAUCCUGCUAAUCACAGAUCAACUGUUUAUGGUUUUAACCAAGUUGCUCCAAACCAGAGAGUCCGCACUCCUCAAUUGAACCAUCUUACCUUCAAACCUUUCAGUUUUAAUUUGAUGGCAAAUAGGUACAAUAUUAGGAAUACAGAUAUCUGUACUGCUGAAACAACGAUGAAUCGCAAUUGCGAGAGGGACUUCUGUGAAUGUCCUCAUGUCUUAGAAGUUAAUUUGAAUGAAGUAGUGGAGUUGGUAAUGUUUGAUGAAAUGGAUCAAGACGACGCACCAGCUAUUCAUCCAAUGCAUCUCCAUGGUUUUAGUUUCGCUGUUGUUCAUUAUAGUGAAAUAGGUCCCAAUCUAACGCGUCCAGGCUUUAUGAUGAAUCAUGGUAGUCUUCCUCGCAACUUCGUAAAUCCUCCAUUGAAGGAUACAGUAAAUGUGCCAAGAGGUGGUGCAACUAUUGUUCGUUUUGUUGCAAAUAAUCCAGGAUUUUGGUUCUUACAUUGUCAUAUUGAUGUGCACGCAAUGGAAGGAAUGGAGUUGGUAAUAAAGGUAGGCAGCAACGCUCAAAUCAGUAACCCACCCGCAAAUUUCCCCACGUGUGGAAAUUGGCCUCGAGCAUAUAUAUAUUACACAAGCGGUGCACAGUUUUCAUUCAGAGCGCCUGAAAAGCGUCUCGCCAUGCUUUUCCAAAAGGUUUUCUUGCUCUGUUGCAUCAUAUUACUUUGGGUUGACAUAAGUUCAGCCAAUAACACAUCCGGUAAAGGUAAAAAUAAAGGCAAAGCUAAAUCAAAAGGAAAAAUCAGUGAAAAAAGUAAAAAUAAACAACAUACCACCUUCAACCACCUGGAAAACAAAAGCAAAGAAUAUAAAACUCUUCAAACCAAAUCAAUCCCCCGAGGAUACAUCGAUGGCAGAAGAUGCAAUCGUCCAUGCGAUGGUUCCACAAGAAGCUGUUUCUUCAGCUUUGAUUUGGAGACAUUUUAUGCAAUGAGCAAAGCCUGUUACAACUGCCCAACUGUUUUAUCUGAUUGCUACCGACCUGAUUGUAUUGUUGCUGGUGGAACCAGACGUACUGUCAUGGUAGUCAACCGUCAACUCCCUGGUCCAGCAAUAGAAGUAUGUGAAGGUGAUGAAGUGAUGGUUUACCUACAGAAUAAUCUUAUGGACGGCGAGGGUACCACCAUCCAUUGGCAUGGUCAACACAUGGUGAGAGAUAAAUAUAUGGAUGGUGUUCCAUGGGUUACACAAUGUCCCAUCCACUACAACAAUAACUUCACUUAUGAGUUUUGGGCUGAUAAUCCUGGUACCUAUUGGUGGCAUUCUCAUGUUGAAAUGCAACGUGGUGAUGGUGUUUAUGGUGCUAUGAUCGUCCGGCAAGCUCCUCAGGAUAACUACCAUUGGGAUAUGUACGAUUUUGAUCUCUCCUCGCAUGUGAUCCAGGUUACCGACUGGAAUGAUCGUCUUAGAUUGGAGGUUUUUGAAGCUUAUGCCCUAGCAGGUGAUUGGCUGGAACCUACGGGUAUCUUGGUCAAUGGUUAUGGCUUCCAAUCAACUUCCAAUAUUACAAACACUCCAACAGCUAAUUUUACUGUUCAACGAGGAUUCAGAUACAGAUUCCGUUUUAUUAACACAGGAUUCUUUGAUUGUCCUCUUGAGUUCUCCAUCGAUGGACACAAGAUGUUGAUUAUUUCUACUGAUUCUAAUGAUUUGGAUCCAUUUGAAGUGGAUUCAUUCGUGUCAAGUUCUGGUGAAAGAUUUGAUUUUGUCCUGUAUGCUAAUCAAGCUGUGUCUACUUAUUAUAUCAGAGUCAAAGGUUUCUUGACUUGUGAACGUCUUAGUACAUUUACUGUCGCUACGUUGAGGUAUGAAGGAUCUCCGAAUGAGCUACCAACUGGAAGGUACCCUACUUAUGCUACAUCAGCCCCAACUGGUGGAGUGCUUUAUAAUCCAGUUAGUAUUGCUAAUGCCACUGGAUAUCGACAAGUAAUAGGUAUUCAUCAAGGUUUUGCAAUGGAACCAUUAGAAUAUGAUUUGAACACUCAAAAUGUCUUCAGAUAUUAUAUCACUGUAGAUAUGAGCGGUUUAGACCAUCCUGUAUUCCAUAGAUAUCCAUAUUAUGCUUUCAAUCAAGUUGAUCCCACUUUACGUGCCCGUACACCUCAAUUCAACCGUAUAUCACAUAAAAACUUGGACGUUCCACUUUUACCCGCUCGAUUCGAGAUUAACCAGGGAGCUUUCUGCAAUGCCGACACAGUACGCAACAGGAACUGUGAGAAUACUUUCUGUGAAUGUCCUCACGUCAUUUCGGUUCCUAGAAAUGCUAUUGUAGAAUUUGUCUUCAUCGAACUCUUUGAUCAAGAUGACGCUCCCGCUCUGCAUCCAAUCCAUCUUCACGGCUACUCAUUCAGGGUUCUGGGCUGGGGAGAAAUUGAUAGAAAUCUAACGCUUGAUGGAGUCAUACGUAUGGAUCGUGAAGGUCUGCUGAAUAGAAACUUUGUCAAUCCACCUUUAAAGGAUACAGUGACUGUACCUAAGGGUGGUUACACGAUUGUUCGAUUCAAAGCCGACAAUGUUGGUUAUUGGCUGAUGCAUUGUCAUAUUGAUGUACAUGCUAGUGAGGGUAUGGAUAUUGUGGUUAAAGUUGGAGAGAACUCGGAAAUGCCCACGGUGCCUGAUUACUUCCCAAGAUGCGGCAAUUGGCCAAGAUAUUAAAUGUUUGUUUUUGUUGUGUUCGUUGCUACAGUCAAUAAAUAAAAAUAAAUAAAAAUAAAA